CACUUGCCACAUGGUAGGUAUGUAUGCCAUUCCUUUUCCUUUUAGGACGUGGUAAAAGAAAUUUUAGGCAUCUUCUCCUUAGCUUUACACAAGAGCAUGAUUUUCUUGAAUAAUUACCACCUCAUCAUGACUCUCGUUCUUUGCACAUUGAUAGGAAUAUUUUGCAGCUUUAGAAACCUCUGAUCUUCUUUGCCUCAGCUCGCACAUAUAUAAUUACAUGAACUUCACUUCAUUCCUGCUACCUAUUUCAUCAACAAACUUCCAGCAAGUUUGAAGCUUGCUCUUCAAAGUAUAUUUUUUUUCCCUUCUUUUCAUCACAAGUCACAAUGUCUUCCAUUUUCUCCAAUAAACUUGAGAUUCAUUGAGAUUAUAACUUGUCAUCAUCAGCUUCAAGUGCAUAGCUUAUAGAUUAUAUCAUUAUUAUGAUGAAAAAGCGUAUUCAAAGAUAGAUAGAUACAUAGAUAGAUAGAUAAAUGACGAGUUUGAGAGACAAAGACGAGGGUGCUCAUGUAUACAAUACAAAGCAAGAAGUAGGAGAGUCCACCAAAUCAAGUUUAGCAGCUUCUUCAAGUAGUAAUUCAAGGCAAUGGUCAUCAGGAUUCAAGAAUCCAAGAAUAGUUAGAGUUUCGCGUACCUUUGGAGGCAAAGAUCGACACAGCAAAGUUUGCACCAUCAAAGGAUUGAGAGAUAGAAGGAUUAGGCUGUCUGUACCAACUGCAAUUCAGCUAUAUGACCUCCAAGAUAGGCUGGGCUUAAGCCAACCAAGCAAAGUCAUCGAUUGGUUACUCGAUACCACUAAACAUGACAUUGACAAGCUCCCACCCUUGCCUGUUAUACCGGGAACUUUUGCUCCUUCUCAAGGAUAUGGAGUUCCAUUUUCUUCUACUACACCAUUUUUUGAUGCAAAUUUGUUAUCUUCUAGGAAAGAAGUUGGUAUCAACAUUAACAGUGCUACUCAAGAUGUGGAUGUGGAUGAAGAGGAUGAAUCUAUAGUUGCAAAAUUGAAGUAUUGGGAUUCAAAUGCAAUGAUGAGAUCCAAACAAAAAGGAGUAGAUCAUCAAGGUACAUCUCAAGUUUUGGCUCAAAAUUUGUUCCCAAUUGCAAGUGCUAAUAAUAAUAACAAUAGUACUAGUAUUCUACCUCCACAACAACCUUCCUUUUUGAGCAAUAAUCCUAUGUUAAAUUAUUAUCAUUUGGAACCUUCAAAUUUAUCCUUGACACAAUUAGGAAGCCUUGGACUUUCUUCUUCUCAUCAUAAUGAUCACCAUAAUCAAGGUUCUUCUCAAACAAGCUCGACUCCACAACAAUUACCUCCAUCUUCGUUAUCUCUAUCUUCGAUGUCUCAAUUGUUUCUAUAUCCUUCCAUGACAACGACAUCAUUCUUCCCUCAACAUCAUCAUUCCUCGUUCAUGAAUAAUAGUCAUCAACAUCAAUUAGAGAAUGACAUGCGACAAUUUAGUCGUUUCCCUUUCUCAAACAAUCCUUUCUCUUCGUCUAAUUUCCACAACUCUAGUGGAUUGGAUAUGAAACCUAGCUUCAACCCAAGUAUGAAUAAUCAUGACCCUCAUAUGCAACAAGGUGAUGAUGAAGAUAGUCAAGGAAAGAAUAGCCAUAAUCCUUGGAAACAAUCCUCAGGGAAUUGAAUUAUGAUAUCAUCAUAAUGCUCCCCAAUUUGUUGUGAGAUCGAUCAAAUGGGAACGCGAAUCAUGAGAAUCAAUAGUGGUUAAUGGUUUCUCGCUUCUUGCUUCUGAUUUUGUUCCCCUUGGGAAAGAAAAAAGAAGCCAUUCGUUGUCGCAAUUGAUCAUGGUUAUUAUCUCAUGAGAUUUGGUAGGAAGACUACACUAGCUACAUUAUAUGCACAGCUAGCUAAGAUUUGUGUUUGAAGAUAUGAGAAGCAACUCAAUCCUAUGCUGCCAAGACUCUUGAUACAAGUAAGUUUUAUAUUUGAUCAUUGUAACUUACAUUAAAAAAAACUUUUGUACUUGUAGACAUGUUUCAUCAAAUUGUGACACAAGAAUAUAUAAUAUAUUAUAGGUCAAAAUGAGCUUCUCUCUUACAAUGUCAUACAUAGAUGAUUCAGGUCAUGUAUUUUAGACAAUAUUUUCUUAUAAUAAUAAGCUGAGUAAUUAAUGAUGUCAAGACAA